AUGCCUCAUGCGACAACAACAGCCACGACUGUCCUCCGCAAGCCGUCACCAAAUAACGCGCCAGCGCCACGACGCACGCUUGACGUCGCGAUGGGCUCUCAAGAUGAGGGCCUCGAAAAGUUCCCCGAACUCGAUGUUCACGACACGACCGGACUCGACCACAGCUAUGGCGCUUCGUCGAACAAAGCAAAUGGAACGUCUACAGCACAGCCGUCCUUGCCACCAAUGGACCAAUGGCGGGCCCGCAAAGACAGCAGCGUGCGCUGGAACAUGCCGCCCGUGACCAACGGCUACGGCGGCGGCCAUGGCCAUGGCCAUUCGCGACAGAAGAGUCUUGGCGAAGCCUUACGCACAAUACGUACGCGAUCUGCUAGUACCAGUCAGAACGUGCACGAGAUUGCCGAUGCGCUGAAGGCGCCUGUUUCACCUAUGCUAAUCUCGAUUUUGAACGCUUUCGAGAAGCCCGCUACCCUCACGAUCGUCCAGUUCGCCUUCGUUUCCUUUCUCUGCAUCCUGUUGUCAUGGCUGGCACGUGUAUUUCCAUCGCUGAAACGCGCCAUGCCCGUACUUAAGCACGGCAUUCGGUACCCGGAUGCCGAGAUUAUCCGCACGACACUGCCGCUGGCCGGCUUCCAGAUUGCUGGCCACCUCCUGAGCUCUACCGCAACAACAAAGAUAUCCGUUUCGCUUGUGCACACAAUCAAGGGCCUCUCACCGCUCUUUACCGUCUUCGCCUACCGCAUCUUCCUUGACAUCCGGUACCCGACUGCAACCUACCUCUCUCUCGUCCCCUUGACGCUUGGCGUGGCGCUUGCCUGCUCUGGCGGCCACUCCUUCAGCGGUGGCCAGCUGCUGGGCAUUUUAUACGCGUUGGUGGCCACCGGCAUCUUUGUGACUCAGAACAUUGUCUCCAAGAAGCUCUUCAACGAGGCGUCGCGUGCUGAGGCCGAAGGUUUGAGCGUGCAGGCGCGCAAGCUGGACAAGCUGAACUUGUUGUGCUACUCGUCCGGCAUGGCAUUUGUCAUUACGGGCCCCAUUUGGUUCUGGACCGAGGGCAUUGGCCUGCUCGGAGACUUCCUAUAUGACGGCUCGCUAGAUCUGACCGAAGGCCCGGAUUCGUUUGGCCACGGCCGGCUGUUUCUUGAGUUUGUUUUCAACGGCUUCUUUCACUUUGCGCAGAACAUGCUGGCCUUUGUGUUGCUGUCGCGGGUGUCUCCCGUUACCUACUCGGUGGCAAGUCUUAUCAAGCGCGUGUUCGUCAUCAGCGUGGCCAUUGUCUGGUUCCGCAGUCCGACCACCUGGGUGCAGGCUGUUGGCAUUGGCCUCACCUUCCUUGGCCUGUACUUGUACGACCGCACAAAUCAGAACAAGGCCGACCGACGUGCACGCACUAUGACGGGCGCCAAGGAUGGCGAGCCGCUUCUGCCACUUAACUCGGGCCCGUCGGCAAAUGGCAUCGGCCUUGGUUUGCAGAAUACUGGAGGCUUAUUCGAAAAUGGCUCCUCAAGUCUCGCAGCGGGCCCUCAUCCGUAUACGGCUGGUUACUCCGUGUCGGCGGGCGAGGACUACAAGAAGUCUGAUGAUUUCGGCCGUGAGACUCUCCGCGGCAGCAGUGCUGGCACUGCUUCCUGGAUGCCCCCUCGCACGCGGCAAGAAGAUACCUGGCGUGUUGGCGACCAGGUGCCUACUUCUACAUGA